CCAUGCCCGGGGUUCCAAGAAUAAUUGAAUGGGAUCAGUUGGACCGACCCACAGGGAAAUGGGCAACGGAUUACAAGAAUCACAUUGGCGAGAUAAGUCGCGCAAAGGUUUCAAUAUUGAUCAGAACCUGGGAAGAUGUUUCACAAGGAAUAAAAGACACUUUGUGGGAAGAUGUCAAGAGAGAAUUUCAUAUCACAGAUGAAACUAAGAAAGAAGUUGUCUUAAAGAGUUGUGAUAAGCGUUUGAGGGAAUUCAAAUCAAGAUUAGCGACUGGUUGGAUCCGGGGUACAAGAAAAAGGCCAAAAGAUGAAAAGAUGCCAUAUGAUUUGUAUAGUUAUAUAACUGAGGAUAUAUGGAAGGAAUUUGUGAAGAUACGUACCUCCGAAGAAGCCGAGGUAUAAAAAAUUAUUCUUAAUUAAAGUCUUGGUAUAAUCUAAGUUUUAUUUUGUUGUAAUAAUUUCUUUUACCCCCCUAAAAUUAGGAAAUAAGUGAG